AUGAAGAAUGAUAACCCUACAGAGAAGAAGUCAGGGGGACCUUCCCGAUGGCGGCGGCGCAGGUUCAGGCGCAAGGUAUCCUCUGAGGUGACCGUAAAAGGAAAGCUGCGGAUGCGCUCCCCGUCGGGGGCCUUUGUGAUGGUGGGCAUCUCCGUGGUCCUGGUGGGCAUGACCAUAGCUGUGAUCGGGUACUGGCCUCACCGUGGCCCACACGGGACGCGGUCCGGGAACAGGACGGGGAACUCCAGCACUGUGGAUGAUCUCAAGAAGGAAGUGAAGGUCUCUCCCCAUCCCCGCCUCUUCCCCUACAGCGAGAAGCUAAAGCUUAUUGGUCCCGUUAUUAUGGGCAUUGGUCUCUUCAUCUUCAUCUGUGCCAACACCAUGUUGUAUGAGAACAGGGAUAUGGAGACCCGCCUGUUGAUGCAGAGGGAACUCUAUUCCCUGACCCUGGGCCUCCCUCAGGAUACGAGUCCCGUCAGCAGUUACUUCCAGCGGAGGCUGACCCCUUCCACCUUUGAGGCCGACACAAAGUGUGUGGAAAGCUGCUACGAAAUGGACCUCUCCUCAGGUGGCUUCCGGACCUGCCCCAGCCCUAUGAAGAAAUGGGCGAACGCUUACAGAUCCGGUAGACUUCAGACUACAGCUCAGUUUCUUCACCAAGUUUCGCCUUCUGCUUCCCUUGUGAGCGUCCGCUCGGACUCUGGUAACUCCGCGCGAGGGAACCCCAGCCUGUCCGUUGCUUACGGAGGAGAGUCUGUCAUCUCCUCAGCCAUCAAUGCUCUUUCUCUGCCUCUCAUCAAGCUCAACAACUGUCUUCUCGAGAGCCAGGGUGUCUCCCCCGCCCAGGACUCAGAAGGCCAUUGCGUUCGGUUGCCAGAGGAGAAAGAGGAAGUGCUGAGGCUCUCGUGGACAGUCUUACCCGAGUGCGGUGAUGUCGCUUCCAGUAGAGACGACCUCCACCGCAGCCAUGUCGUGAUUGAUAUGGAUAGCGGGUCUCCCUCUGCUGACUCGUUCGAGAAACUUCUGCAUGCUGAAUGUCCAAAGAGAGGAUUCGGCUCAGACACUCAGAUCCCUCUGUCGGGUCACUCCAGAUCCCUGGAUCUUGGCCAGCCAGGGGUGCGCUUGGUGGCCCCGGCCAAAGAAAGGAAACACAGGAGCUGGCCAAGGCUUGACCAGAUUGGCUUGGUCAACUGUGCGAAACUGGGAAGCAGAGGUGAAUCCUCGGAUUGGCUUCUGGAGGCGACUAGGGAUUUUACUGGGGGUGAGAGUGGACAGAAUUUGCAGGAAGCUGUAAUGGAAGCAGGUUCCAAGGUCUGAUUCUACUGCAGGGGACCACGUUUGUUGCUGGUUUCUCCU